AUGACCUGGAUCAUUCAAGCGGCGGUGCUCUUCGCCUUACCGGCGACCGUGAUGCGCUACAUCGUGGAGUUUGCCAUAGGGCCGCCCUCGACGAUCUACCGGCGAGAGACCUGUCGACCCUUCGACAUCUAUGACCAUUUGCGGAAGACCCAGGCGAGCGAAGACCUGCAGAUGUCGCCGUUUCUUUUCUGGGGCCAUUGGUCUUGGGGACGCCAACACGAGAAGGGCUGUGAAAGGCUGCGACUGUGGGGGGAGUGA